CAACGUUUAGCAAAUGCGAGUCACAAGAUUAGGGUUUUAGGUAGCCAUCAUAUCCCGGCAGCUGCAGAGGCGACGCAGAAAACCCUAGCGAGAUUCAAAGAUGGGACACUCGAACGUAUGGAACUCUCACCCCAAGAACUACGGCCCCGGUUCCCGCACUUGCCGAGUGUGUGGAAACCCUCAUGGGUUGAUCCGGAAGUAUGCUCUGAUGUGCUGCAGGCAGUGCUUCCGCAGCAAUGCCAAGGAGAUUGGCUUCAUCAAGUACCGCUAAUUGGAGAGACCACCCGAUUCAGAUCGGCCAUCAAGUCGUCUGAAGUAUGGAGCGUGGGAUUGUUUUCAUUGUUGCUGUUCCUUUUCAUUUUCUUAUAUAAGACCAUAAUGUAGUAUAAAGUUUGACAGUUAGUUGUUGACGGAGCCAUUGUUGAAACUAUUUGAUGCAUUUGAAUUUUGUUAUCCAGUGGGUUGGAGUGGUUUUAUCCCUUUA